GAAGGUUGGCACUGAUUUAUUUGGGCAGACAAACCCACACUCUCCUAACCUUCAUUACAGAAACAAACAAAUAGUCCUCAACAUAUUAACAAUUUACUCCAAUUUGAGUUUACCCUUUCAAAUGCUAAAACACUUAGGAUUGAUCUCAUUUAAAAAAAGAUAUACAUAUGUAUAUAGAAGCAAUUGGCUUGGGCUGCAGUAUAGCCUUCCACAGACAGCGUAAGUUGGAAAGUGAUGGAAGGCGGCUGACAGUGAGCGUUUCAGUCUUUUCUUCAAUGUUUUGGCAAUUAGUAAAAAUACAUAAAAUACAACAUUCAAGGCACCUGAAGGUGAACAUUUAAUGUGGAUGUAUGCACUAUUUAAAUUAUGAAUGAAUAUGAUAAUAGUUUCUUUGAGCAGUUAGUUUGACAUUACCAAUGAAAAAGUUGACCUUUUUAGUUUAAGUGUACCUGGAACAACUUUAGCCUUUAACAUUUUAUGUUCUCAAAAAAAGAAGAAGAAAAGACUUCUGACUUUGUUUCCUUUUUUAAAAUCUUUAUAUGAAUUGUAUGUCUUGAUUUCCUUCAGGGAAUGUAUUUAAUGGUGGUGACAAGUAUGAUUAGCAGGUAUAACAUUUACUGUACUACAGUAUGUUCAUCAUCUCAAUUUAGCAUGCUAGCAUGCUAACGUUUGCUUAUUAACUACAGCUGAGGCUGCUGGGAAUAUCAUUAGUUUUGCAUUUGUUUGGUCAUAAAGCAUCUUUGAUUUGAUUACUUUUAUCCAGACAUGAAUACAAUUUGAUUUGCAAUCUAUUGGGAGGGGAUCACGAGUCAGUAUAUUCAUCCUCUGAGGACCAUGAUUGUCUGUAAAACAUUGAUUGGCAAUUCAUUUAGAAGUUGUUUAGAUAUUUGAGUCUGGACCAAAGUGGUAGGUAAGCUGCCAUUACCAAAUCACUAUUGUGGCUGAAAAUGAGACCAAGCUUUAGAAAUGCCCUUCAUAGUUAUCAAGCAAAACUUAAACUUCAAAAAAAGGGAUGUCUCUUUGAAACAAAAAUAUUUACAAUGAGAAGAAUUAGCCUGGAGUAUUUUCUUCUGAAUCAUAACUCGUGUUUUCCUGCCCCCAGAGUCUGAGAGUCCCUGGUGAGCCGCCAUGGUGUGCAACCGCCUGCUGCUCUCCGUCUACAUCGUCACCUUCCUGAUGGGGGUCCCCGCCAACAUCCUGGCCUUCUUCACCUUCUGCAAAAAGGUGCGCCGCAAGCCCGCCCCCAUCGACAUCCUCCUGCUGAACCUCACCAUCUCAGACCUCAUCUUCCUGGCGUUCCUGCCCUUUAAAAUUAAAGAGGCCUUUGACGGCAUGGUGUGGCUGCUGCCCUACCCCCUCUGCCCCCUCACUGGCUUCUUGUUCUACGUCACCAUCUACAACAGCACCCUGCUCCUCACCGCUGUGAGUGUGGAGCGAUACCUGGGGGUGGCGUUCCCCCUCAGGUACACCCUGUGUCGCAGACCUCGCUACGCCGUGUACGCCAGCCUGGUGUUCUGGGUGGUGACCUCUCUGAACCUCAGCAUUGUCUACAUCAUGCCCUACGCCCAGUGGAGCAGCGGGACAGAGAGCGAACAGGACGAAGGGAGCACCGCCGGUAAGAACGCCCCGCCUCCACAUACCUGCUACCUGAACUUCACCGGGGAGGAGCUGAAGAUCCUGCUGCCGGUUCGCCUGGAGCUCUUCUUCGUCCUCUUCUGCGUCCCCUUCUUCAUCUGCUGCUUCUGCUACGCCAACUUCAUCCACAUCCUGUCCAAGCUUCCCAACAUCGGCAGGCGGAAGAGGCUGCGGGCCAUCGGUUUGGCGCUCGGCACGCUGAUAGUGUUCGUGGUGUGUUUCGGGCCCUACAACGCCUCCCACGUGGUGGGGUUCGUCCGUCAGGAGAGCGAGGAGUGGAGGAACGUGGCGCUGCUCUCCAGCACCUUCAACGCCUGCCUGGAUCCCUUCAUUUUCUACUUCUCCUCAGCGGCCGUCAGAAGCAUGUUGGACCACUGCGUCAGGAACAUCAUGGCCAAGCUGCACAUCCUGAGGUGUGGAGGCCCUCCUCACCCUCCUCAACCCUCUAAAUGAGGCCAUCCAAGACUGAAUAUACAAGGAGGCACCCUUUCAUGAAAGUUCUGGAGAAAUGAUUCAUGUUAAUGUUUUUGCAAAUUUAAGUUGAACCAAUCACUGUGGCUGUU